AUGGGAUUGGACAAAGUGAGGUUUUGGGCGAGCAAGGUAGUGUUGAAGGGUUGCACAUUUACGCAAACCCCCGAAAUCGAGGCCAGGGUUCUUGAAACUCAAAAUUCGCUUAAAAGUGUCGACAGCAUCAUCUGCCGAGAGCUACAACGUACCGCUACUGAGCGGAUCCCCAACAUGGAGAAGAAAUUGAACGUAACUGGGGUGCAAAACCAGGUGGUAGACUUGUCCACGGGUUACGACAAUCUCAAGGCGCUCUCCGUGCGCUACCAUAUGGAGGGUUCUCUGUUCUUUGAGCCCUUGACGAAAUUGCGUCAACUUGUGAUCCCCAAAUCAGUGGAGAAACUCGAGUUUGUUUCAAAGGUUGAGUGGGAGGUCGACGUGGAGCCGGGCCAGCUCAAAUGGCUUAAAUGGUGCUCCCAGCACACUGGCGAUCUUGCGUCAAAAGUGAUGUUGGAUCUGGCUCAACGGGUGGGGCCCUACUUGGCGUGUCGGCUGGAUAUGUUGCGAAUGAAACGACCUCCGUCGCCCAGUAAGUGUCGGUAG